AUGGUUUAUUCCACCGUGAAGCACCUCAAAACGGGUCACAGUGUGUCGCUUCAGUGCGCUGUGUGCUUGAUCGAGUUCAAGGACAUGGACAAGCUCAGACUUUUGCCCAAGUGCAGUCACGUGUUUCACCCUGAGUGCAUCGACGUGUGGCUCGCCUCGCACGUGACUUGUCCUGUCUGCAGGGCCAAGAUGAAGUCGGAAAACAUGGAGUUCAAGGUUGAGAUUCAGGAGUUAGAGGGAAGUGCCAACCAUGUGUUCGAUGAAAUGUCUGGGAGAACGGGUGAUGUUUCUUGUGAUGGGAACGAAGGUGGGGUUGGUGAGGGAGUUGAUGAGGUUGUUGGGAAGUGUAAUGGGACCUCAAAGGUGAGAGCUUUUGGGUUGUUAGUGAGGUCGCACUCUACAGGUCACUCUCUUGUGGAACCGGGGAAGAGCUUGGAGAGGUUCACUUUGAGGUUGCCUGAGGAAUUGAGGAAGCAAAUUCUGGAAGCUAAUCAUAAGUGUAGUGGUGGUAGUGGUGGGAUGAAGCGUUCGGCAAGCUACGACAUCAUUUUGCAGAGUGAAGUUGGUGAAGGUAGUAGUAGUAAUAAGGGGAGUAAGAAUAGUAGGUGGGUGCUGUCUAUGACACCUCCGUUUGUUUUUCGCGGUUGGAGUCAUUUUUGUACUUUUUCUGGUUUGGUACCGCCAAAUGAGUGCUCAACAUGUUCUGGGAUUCCUAGGCUUUGGGGUUCUUCAGCGGCAAGGGAAGAGAAAGGAUGUGAAGGGAGAGAGAGGGUUUGCAACUGGUAUGAUGAAAAUUCGAAGAAUGAGGGUUGUGAAAUUUAG